UGAUGGUGGCGGCGGUGGCGAGGGCAGUUUAGUCUCAAGCGUUGGGGCUUGGUACAGAGAGUGGCGAGAAGUCUUGCUGGUGCUUUACGUGUGAGUGUCAGAGGACAGACUGCCGCUGGCCCAGGACCUGUGCAGCGCAGACAUCUAUACAGAACCUCCCACCCAGGAUUUAGAGAACAGCGUGAGGAAGUCGCGACUGCGAGGCAGCAGGAGCCUGGUGCUGAGGCUGGUAUGAGAGCAGAAGGCCAUCAAGCUGUAGGGGUGUGAGUGAACACCCUCUUGUGGAGCCUCCAACAAGCUGUCCUGCCGAGAUUCUGUUUGUUUCAAAACAUCCUUUUACGAGGUCUAUGGUUCAACGCUGAGCAGAGACCAUGUGGUGUUUGGAGCUGCUCUUACCUCUGCUUUUGAUCAUCCACAAUGCCGACUCUCAGUGGAAUGUCUGGGUACCUCGUGACAUCACAGCCAUGACGAAUUCCUGCGUGGUCAUCCCGUGCACCUUCAUGUAUCCGUCCAGCAUCAGGCCAUAUCGGGGCAUCCAUGGGAUCUGGUACUAUGGCCAGCCUUACCCUCAGCUCUUCCCUCCUGUGGUUUUCAAAACGCGCACAGAAGUUGUUCAUGAGAGCUACAAGGGGCGCACCAAGCUGCUGGGUGACCUGAACCAGAGGAACUGCACCCUGCUUAUUGGCAACAUUGGUGCAGAGCAUUCUGGGAGAUACUAUUUCCGUGCUGACCUUGGUGGAGCUAAUAUUUAUACGUACCCAGACUUUGCAGAGCUGAAAGUUUUGGAUCAGCCCAGCAUCGACGUGCCGGAGGAGAUCGUCAGCGAUGAGAACCUGGAGCUGACUUGUUACGUUCCUGAUAACUGCCCGGACAUGACGCCUGAGAUCCAGUGGAUGUACACAGACUACUUACCUGACCCAGAGUUCAGCUCUGACUAUGUGGAGGAGGGCAACACAGCGGUGAUGUCCAGCACCCUGGCGUUCGUUCCCAGACCGAUGCACAACGGACAGCUGCUAGGCUGCAGAGUCUACUACCCCAACACCACACUGGUGUACGAGCGACUCAUCUCCUUAGACAUCAAGUACGCGCCACGCUCGGUGUGGGUGAACGUCUCGUCUGAGGUGAUGGAGGGCAGCUCUGUGACGCUGCACUGUGAGGUGGACAGCAACCCUCCUCCCAGGAUCUCCUGGAUGUUUGGAGAGCAGGAGCUUCUGUGGGACACGGCGUCCAAUGUAUCCCUCUUUCUGGAUGAUGUGACGCCUCAAAACGAGGGGAUUUACACCUGCGUCGGAGACAACGGCUUUGGAGCCAUGAACACCUCAAUGUACCUGUCUGUCAGAUAUCCUCCUCGUGAGCCUGUGGUGAAUGAAUCCAUGACGGUGCUCGAGGGCUCCUCUCUGGCCUUGCACUGCAGCACCCAGGGUAACCCAGCCCCCACCCUGACCUGGCUGAAGGAUGGAGAGCUGGUGGGCACCAUCACAGCUGACGAACUGUCGGUGCUGGAGGUCAUUGAGGUCACACCCCAGGGAGACGGACAGUACCGCUGCUUGGCAGAGAAUGAACACGGACGAGCCAGCAGCUCCUUCAACAUCACCGUGGAGUAUGCUCCGGUCCUUCUGGAGGAGUCAAAGUGCACAGUGGUGAGGGAGGGGGUCCAGUGUGUCUGCAUGGCGACGGGAAACCCCGAACCCAUCAUCGAGUUCUACCUGGCUGACCUGAACAUCACCAUCAACGAAACUGACAACCGCUACAACUUCUACAUGCACACAGACGGUCACAUGUCCACGGGCAUGAUCAAACUCAGAGAGAAAGGGGAGCGGGUCAACAAUGGCGGCCCCGCUGUGAACGUCCACUGCAGCAUUUCCAACGUGUAUGGACGACAGAGCGUGCUCCUAGAGCUCCAGCAGGAAAAAAAGUACAUGAUGGCCGUCAUUGUUGGCACCAUUGGAGGGGUGGCGGUCAUAGCCUUCAUCAUUGCAGCAGUCAGAUAUGUGGGCCAAAACAACAAGAAAGAGAAUGGCAACCCUAGGCAGGACGUGGUCCUGGAGAACCCAGCUUUGUUCUACAGCGCAGUCAAGAAGGACAAACAAAAUCUGAGGAAGAAAGUGCUUAAGACAGAGCUGUUGGGCUCAAAGUUUAACUCCAUUCUAGAGGAGACUACGGGAGAAGACGGGGAUUUCCAACCUGUGGGCCCUAUGGCAGGACUGGAGAGGCAGGAGCUGAAUUAUGCUUCUCUGGAGUUUAUCGGGGUCAGGCCCAGGGAGGGGGCCCCAGGGAGGGGGGAUGACGGCGGCAACUAUAUGGAAAUCAAGGCCAAAUGAAUCGCGAUCCUUCCCUGAUCCCUCGGCAAUGCGAGAUGCAGUGGCAGCCCCGAAAUUCAAACCUCCUUUGCACCACAAACUGUGUAUUAACCUUUUUUUCCUGUACUGGACAUCACCCCACACAUAAAGACUCAAGUCUCUUUUUUUUUUUAAAUUUAUGAUGUAAAACCAACAGUACCCUCCCAACACUUGUGCUCCCCCUCAUCCAUGAGAACUGCCACUAUUCCAACUUUACAUGAAUUUUUCGGGUUUAGAUCCAGAAAUGAUUUAACAUUAAGACCGAAUGGUUUCGUUGACAUCACGUCAAGCCCGAGUCGGGUAUCUAUCGCCUUUGCCCGUGUGAUUGUCAAUUUCCCUCUGUCUUGCAUCUGUCACUGCGUCUGCUGCGGGUCGAAGCAUCGGGGCAGGGAGUAACCGAGCUUUUUGUUUUCUUACCUUCACACACGUUUGUCAAACGAGAGCAAACUCUCUCCUUUCUUUGUUUUGGUUCAAAGAAGAUAACUGACAGAGGCGUAAUGUUGAAAUGCGUGUCUGCUGCAUCCUCUUUCCACAUAUGUGUAUUUAAUAUGUGCUGUGAUUCAGUGGCCUCUCAUAAUAAACAGAGAAAAACUCCCCAUCUCUUUUGAAAGUUAUUGAGGAAAAUGUUUGUGACAGUUUUCCGCUCUAUGGUUGCUUUAUCUUCUCACUGAAAUGUUUGUUUCUUGUCAGAAGUGCAAAAGCACUUUUCAUUUGGAAACUGAUUGUGUCCGUGUGUCUGUGUAUCUGUUCAAAUUGUGCUGAAAGAUUAGUGGAUACUGAUCAGGGGAAGUUCCCAGGACUCGCAUGUCUGAAUGACAUCAAGUCGUGCUGACUGUCUAGCUGCAUAUGCUAUUUCUAAGACAUGAGUCAAGUCUGUCAUUAAAGCUCACUAAUAGCCUAA